UGCCAUCAUACAUUUAGUACAUCGCGUAUACUUACUUCGAGAAGGUUGAUUGCCGCGACAAGCUUCGUCUACUUCUGUCCCGGUAGCCGAUAUCUCUAAGAAAAUGUAAGAGAAAGAUACACCUGUUUUCGUGAGAUCUAAGGAGGAGAAAGAUCGUAAGAUCUUACGAUCGUUAUUUAUACGUGGCAAGAGAUCACAGAGGUCACUCGAGCGAGUCUACGAUCUUGAGAAAAGAGACGAGAAAAUAUUUCGAAAGUGAAAAUAUUCUUCGUCUUUUUUUUUUUCGUCGAAGAGAGACUUUUUGUUGUGUGAAAAAUUCAUUCGUCCCGAGUGUUGAAGAAAAGAAUUCUCUAAAGAAAAAGAAAAAAAAAAAGAGAAAAAAAAUGGUGAUAUUACAAUUUCAAACUUCAAUCAUAAACUCAUCCAAGGAAAACUGUGUAAUACCUUGAAGGCGUUGCGUUGGAAUUUAUUCAUUUUGGCGGCGGCUUCUCUUUCAAGUUAACGAGACCGACUACAUUCAACGUUAUCUAGUACGAUAUAUAACCAAAAGGAAUCACAGGGUAUACACAGAUACAUCUGUAAGUACAUACCUCGAGUUUGUUGGUGAUGACGCAAAGAGAACGAGGAAAUUAGACGAGUGGUCAAGAGAACGAAUACGAAUAGUUUUAUAAAUCAAGAGGAAAUAAUGAACGGCGGGUACCCAGAGAAACAGAGAGAGAAAGAGAGAGAGAGAGAGACAGACAGACAGGCAGAGAAACAAAAAGAUAGAAAAAGAGAAGAAGAGACAGAAAAAGAAGUACAAAAAGAUAGAUAAGGAAAAGGAAGCAAAGAAAUGAUAAAAAGAGAAUAAAGAAAGAGAAAAAAAUCCUAAAAGAAAAAAAAGAAAGACAGACUGGCGAACUCAUUUGGAUGAGGAACAACAAGGAUGAUUCGAAACGAAAAAGAAGAAAAAUAAAAAGAACAACAAAAAGACCAAGAAUUAUCGAAAAUGAAAAUAUAAAGAGAAAGAGAUCUCGAAGAGUAUCGAAAAAUUACUAUCCAUGAUCGUCAAAUCGUUAUCGUCAUCGUCAUCGUCAUCGUCAUCGUUAUCGUCAUCGUCAUCUUCAUCAUUCUCGUCUUCGUCGUCUUCGUCGUCUUCAUCGUUUUUGUUGUCGUCGUUGUUGUGUCGUCAUUUUCCAAGAAAGAAGAGGAGGAGGAGGAGGAAGAAGAAGAAGAAGAAGAAGAAGGAGAAGAAGGAGAAGAAGAAGAAGAGAAGGAAAAACAGACGCCGAGAUUGUUAGAAAUGUUGAGAAGGAAAAGAAGAAGAAGAAAAAGAAGAGACGAGAUUGCAACGAAGCGACUUCGUUGGAAAAUAAAAAAGAAGAGAAGAGAAAUGUAAAACGAGGAUGGGUAUCAGGAUAAUGAGGAGGAUGGAAGAGAGGGAUGGUACUGACGGAGUGAGUGGAGAGUGGGGAUGGUUCGAAUCGUCGAUACGCGUUAUUUAUAAAGAAAAACCUCGAGAAAACUGAUCGAGAAAGUAAAAGAAGUAAAAGUGAUUAUUAGGAGAGGGUGUGCGUCUGGGUGGGGGGAGGUUGGAUUGGAGGAAGAAGAAGCGUCGUAGAGAAAUCAACUGAGAUAUGUGAUUAAGAAAGAGAAGAAGAAGUAGAAGAAGAAGAAGAAGAAGAAGAAGAAGAAGGAGAAGAAGAAAAAAGAAAAAGAGAAAAGAGAAAAAAAGAGGAAAAAAGAAAAAAGAAAAAAUAAGAGAAGGGUGGAGGAGGAGGAGUGGAGGGGGUAGAGCAAGGCGCGUGGUGGAGAGACGCGAUAGUGGGCGAGAAAGAGAACAAGAAGGACAGAGAGAGAUAGAGAGAGAGAGAAAGAGAGAGAGAGAGAGUGGUGGGAAUGAGAAAGUGGGGGAAGGAGAAUCCAGAUCUGUCGCGUGCUGCCUCGUCGUCUCUGGUAUGGGACGGAACCGGGACGACGCGGUACGAAGCGGAACGGUACGAGACGAGACGAGACGAAACGGGACAACGCGUUAGACUACCACACUAGUACUAGUACUACUACUACUAUUGCUACUACUACUACUACUACUAUUACUAUUAGUACUACUACUACUACUACUCUAUUACUCUAUUACUACUACUAGUAUUCUGUAAUCGCGUUCAGUAAUAUUCUGCGUUUAUUAGGUAUGCAUGUAAUGGUUGGUAGCUCGUUAAUAAUAGUUACUGACAAUAUUCGGUGACCAUGAGAGUGACAUUCGAUCAUGAGAGUUAAUUAGAUAUUUAUUAGAGUAAUUAAAAUGACAGUGAGAGGUUCUAGUUCCGUUAGCGAUUAUGAUGGUAUAUAUUGAUGGUAGAUUUAAUGGCGGUUGUGAUUGCCGUUAGAAUUGAAUUAUUCGUAUAAAAUGUUUUGUUAUGGUUAUUGGUUGUAACGGGUUAAAGAGAAAGAAAGGGAUAGAUGAAUAGAUAAAUUGAUAAGAAGAGAAAGAGAGAGAGAGAGAGAGAGAAAGAUUAUUAUUAGUUGAAACAGUAAUAAUUAUUAUUAAUUAACAUUAAAUAGAAAGAAUGAGAGAGAAAGAUAGAAUAUUAUAGUGAUAGCAAGAGUAGAAAAGCUGAAAGCAAAAGCAAUAUUAAAAUUGAAAGUAGAUACAUAAAUAAAGAGUUUGGUAACAUAAACAACAAUAAUACUACAGCAGAGAGAGAGAGAGAGAGGGGUGGGGGAAAGAGAGAGAGAGAAGAUUCGUCAUUAACAGAUUGGACACAAAACAAACACGCACACGCGUAUGUAUAUAUAUAUAUAUAUAUACAUACGUAAAUGUACAUCUAUACAUAUAAAUAUCUAUAGUGUGUAUAUAUAUAUAUAUAUAUGUAUGAUGUAUAUAUGUAUCUAUGGUAUGUACGUAUGUAGAGUUGCGUCAGUUAAAACGUUCAGUGUGAGUAAAUCGUCGAUCCCGAACGUUCGGCAUUUGUAUUGGUUUCACUCUCGGCUCAGAGACCUAGAGAGAGAGAAAGAAAGAAAGAGAGAAAGAGAAAGAGACAACAGUGUGUACUGGUGGUGUUCGCUCGCGCCGCCGUCGCCGCUAGUGCCGCCGUUGCCGUUGCUGUUGCCGUUGCCGCCGCAGCUUGUGAGCGGUCGUUCUGUGUCUCUCUACGAAGAGAGAACGAAACGACGAGGAGGAGCAACAACACUAACACCAACACCAACACCAGCGCUAAUAUCACCGUAUCGUCACUACUACUAUCGAGAACAGUAGCACUAACACUAACACUAGCACCAACGCUAAACUAACACUAACACUAACACUAACACACAUCACCACCAUCAUCAUUACCACCACUACCAUCACCAUUACCACUACUACUACUACUACUACUACUACUACUACUACUACUACUACUACUACUACUACUACUACUACUACUACUACUACACUACUCUACUAUUAUUAUUACUAUUACUACACUACUACUACUCCACUACCACUAACAGCAAUAGCAUCAACAUCAGCAUCAGCAGCACGAGCUACACGGCACGAGCACGAGCACGAGCACGAGCACGAGCACGGGCACGAGCACGAGCAGCAGCACAGGCAGCAGCAGCAGCAGCACAGGCAGCAAGCAGCAGCAGCAGCAGCAGCACCACAGGCAGCAGCACCAGCACCACCAGCAGCAGCAGCAGCGUGUGGCCGAAGCCGCCGAGCCGCCGUGCCGGAGAAGAGAACCGCGGCACUCGUUCAGUAGUUUCUCGGACGCCGCACCGGCAUCAUCCGACCUCGACCAGAGAUAACGCACACAUAGAAACACGCACGCAGAAAAUAGCGAGAGAGAAAGAGAGAGAGAGAGAGAGAGAGAGAAAGAAAGAAAGAAAGAAAGAGAAAGAGACAUUACGUUACAUACAGACAUACGGACAGAGAGAAAAAGAAAAAGAGAGAGAGAGAGAGAGAAAGAGAGAAAGAGAAAGACAAUAUUAAGAUAUACUUAUUAUUAAUCUUAUUUUUUAAUUCAUACUUCUCCUCUUAAUAUUAUCAUUGUUAAUAUUGUUAUUUUAUUAUUAUUAUUUUAUUUUAUUAUUAUUUUAUUAUUAUUAUUAUUAUUAUUAUUAUUAUUAUUAUUACUAUUAUUACUACUAUUAUUAUUGUUUUAUAUGGGCCAUCGGUAGGUCCAGGACAAUCCCCGAAGCGCGUAUAACAAUCGUUUAACACCACGCGCCUGCUCGACUCAUCUCUCUCGCACUUUUAUAUCUCCACGACACGACAAACUACUUUGGCACGAGGAUAACACACACACAUAUAUAUAUAUACACAUAUAUAUAUAUACAUAUAUGUAUGUACGUAUACAUAUAUAUAUAUAAAGAAAAAAAAAAGAAAAGAUAGUACCAACCUCGUUACGUGAAUAACCCGCACUUGUACACAACGUUGCGGAUUAAUUUUUGAUAAACUAUUUGCAAUACGAUUUGCAAUACGAAGACAUUGUUGUCGGUCAUCAUCAUCAUCAUCAUCAUCAUCAUCAUCAUCAUCAUCAUCAUCAUCAUCAUCAUCAUCAUCGUCAUCUUCAUCGUCAUCUUCAUCGUCAUCUUCAUCGUUGUCAUCGAUAUCGUCGUCAUCGUCUGUAUUCAUCCCCUUCGUGGAGAACACCCGGAAGCAGAAGAAGGAAAUAACGAACGAACGAAAGAAACGUGUGUGCGUGAGAGAGAAAGAAAGAGAGAAAGAGAAAGAGAAAGAGAGGGAGAGAAGAUCGAACUCGUUUUCUUCUGCAAUUGUUGUUCGUUUGUUCGUUCGUUCAGUUUUCUUUUUAUAUUUUGUUUUCUUCGUCGAUCUUCGCCAAAAAAGUGUUCGCCAUCCCCUCCACCGAACAUCAACAAUCACUCACCACCCCCUCCCACUCACCAAUCUUUUCAUCUCUCUCUUCGUUAAUAUAAUUUUUUUUCCCUUUUUUUUUUGUGGGAAGGGUUAUUUAAUUGUCUUAUAUCUUGUUGAUUCUAUCUCUAUCUCUAUCUGUCUAUCUAUCUAAUUAUUCUAUCUAUUUAUCUAUAUAUAUAUAUAUUUUCUUUUUCUUUCUCUCUCUUAACACAGAGGACCACGAAGAGACGUGACACGGACACGGACACGUACGCAGACAGAAGCACGACUCGCUAUCUUUCUUUACGUUCUCAUUCAUCGCGCCGAAGUUUAAAACGGAGCUUCGCAGGUGUCAAGUAUCAUGCGACUCACGUAGAGACAGAGAUAGAAAGAAAGAGAGAGAAACAGAGAGAGAGAGAGAGAAAGAGAGAGUGAUUAAAAAAGACAGAAACAGAUAUAUACACCUUAAAAUAUAAAUAUAUAAAAACAUUUAUAUACAUUGUAUAUAAAGAAAAAUCGGUGUGCACGAGUUUUGUGAAUUAAACGAAGAAAGAGAGAAAGAGAAAGAGAAAGAGAAAGAGAAAGAGAAAGAGAAAGAAAAAGUUUGUGUAUGCGUUUUGCGUAUGCGUGUGUGUAUGUGUGUACGCACUUUCGCGGGAUAAAGAGGGUCAAGUGGGUAGUGCUAUUAUUGUGAUAGUGUCAACCUCUCUCUCUCAAGUGGUGGAUCCAAUGGUGAAUUCGUGUUGUUCUUCAUGGUGGUGUGUGACGAUGAUUUUGGUAGUUAGUAUAUAUUGAAAGCACCAACGAACCACCAACGACGAUAAAUUGUGUAUAUAUAUAUAUAUAUACAAUAGUGAUUGAUAACAGUCGAUAAUAAUAUCGAGUGACGACGAGAAAAAAAAAAGAGAGAUCACAGAAAAGAGAUCGCGAUUCGUAAUGUUUUUCAACUGAGAGAGGCGUGAAGAUAGAAAAGACUAAAAAAGAAGAAAGAUAUAGAAAGAAAAAGAGAUAGAAAAAGAGAUUGCAAAUAAUUCAUCGAAGAGGAAAUGAAAAAAGUGUUUGUUGUGCAUAUAUAUCGUAUAGUAUAUAUGGUAUAUAGUACGGUGAUCGUGUGAAAGAAACUUUGCAUUGAAAAAGAAACGAAAAAUAUGUCGACCCGAAGAAAGGAUUCUUUUUUCGAUUAACAAGGACGAAUUAAUAAAAUAAAAGAAAAUUCAGAACGUAUAUACGUACGUGUAUAAAGACAUUACAGUGAUUUCUCAUAAAUACAUAUGAUAUCGUAACAGAACGAUGAGAUUGAUAUAAAAACGAAAAGAACAUUCGAUCGUCUUAGAGAGAAAUUUCUAUCGUUUUCUGAAGGAUUGUUCAAGAAGAAGGAAGAAGAGAAAGAAGAAGAGAAAGAAAAAGACAAAAAAAUAGUGGCAAUUGAAGAGACUCGACUCAACCGAAACUCAAUUAGAAAGAGUGAAAAAUGAAGAAAGAAUUAAAGAAUUAAAGAAAAACAAGAGCGAAAGAAAGAAAGAAAGAAAGAAAGAAAGAAAGAAAGAAAGAAAGAGAGAGAGAGAGUAUAAGCCGUUAUAUAAAGUCGACUUAAGUAUACACGCACAUAGAUACAAAUAUAUAUAUAUAUCAAGUAUACCACUACGAAAACACAGACUAACCCACACGCAUUAACGCACACACAUAUACAUACACGGUGUAAUCGGUGGUGUGUCUUGAUUAAAAAGGGCCCCACGAGAAAGGUACAUCAGAGGGGGGUAUACCGCUCUGAAGAAGAAGAAGAAGAAGAAGAAGAAGAAGUAGAAGAAGAAGAAGAAGAAGAAGAAGAAGAAGAAGAAGAAGAAGAAGAAGUAGAAGAAGAAAAAGAAAAAGAAGAAGAAGAAGAAGAAGGCAGCGACGACGGCGGCGGCGGCGGCGACUGCGUUAACGACCGGUAGCCGAGGUAACUCAUCGAGAAAACCGUUUAAAGAGGGACUUACGUCGGCCUGCGGCGGCACAUCGUACGAGGAAGAGUAAGAGAGUAACAGAAAGAGAGAAAGAGAGAAAGUUAAAGAAAGAAAGAGUUCAGGAUCCGAUGCCACCUCGUAAACCGAUCCCGUGGUUCCCUAUAUUCGCGAACAAACCGUUCUGACGUGCGACAGAAAGAAAAAAAAGAGGAGGAGGAAGAGGAGAAGGAAUUGAUUCGACAAGAAACACCCUAUAUAUUAGGUCUCUCACUCUAUAUUAACCCUCAUCUCGUCUUACAACCCUUCCGACGUGAAUAAUAAAAUCUUCUUCGUUGAAUAAGGAUAUUGAAGAACUGUUAACCGUAACACAUCGUAUAGGAAGAGAGAGGAAGAGAGAAAUAUAAGUGUGUCUCGCGUGUGUCCGUGUAUAUUCUUCUUCUUUUUUCGUUGUUCUUGUUGUUAGUUGUUGUUAUUCUCUUUAUAUUCGUGUGCAUUAUCUUUUUCUCUCGUGUGUACGUGAGUGAGUUUGUUCGCGCGUGUCUUUCUCUCUCUCUCUGUCUUUUGGCGUGUUUUCGUUCCGUUUCAUUUCGUUUCGUUUCGUUUCGUUCGUGUGUAAGCUCUGUGUGUAUACAUAUAUAUAUAUUUUGUGUAUAUAUAUAUAUAUGUAUAUGUGUCGGUGUUUCUCUCUACGUGUGUAAUACCGUUCUACGCACGCGUUAGAAGAUUUAGUAGUAGUAGUAGAGGAAGGAAAGACGCAUUAAUGAUGCGAGAGUAUCAUCGAAGACGUAGCAAUACGCGGCCAGUUGUCCGGCUGCAGAAUCCAACAAAUCUUUUCAUCAUCAUCGAGAAUCGGCUUUUCAAGGCGGAAGUGAUGGGGCGUUGAAGACGGAGCAGUAAGAAAGAAAAAAAGAAGAGAGAAGAGAAAAAGAGAAAAGAAAGAAAGAAAGAAAGAAAGAAAGAAAGAAAGAAAGUUUCUAUCUUACGUCGAGAUUAAGAGCGAUAUAGAAAUAAAUAGAUAAUAGCUCGAUAAAUAUAAUAGCUAGAGAUCGAGAUAGAUCAUAAUAGAAGGAAAACAUUUUUUUCUUCUCCUUUUUUUUUUUUUUUUUUUUUUUUUUUUUUUAAUAAAAAAAAAAACAGAGCAAAUAAGUAAAAGACAAGGACAGCGGCAAAAACACUUGUUGCUUUUUUUUUUAUGAAAUAAGACGAUUUCAUUAUUUUGUUAUAACUGAUCGAACGAUACUAAAUCUUUCUAAUCUCUCUGAAAUAAAAGGAGAGAGAAAGAGAGAGAGAAAAAAAGAGAAAGAAAGAAAGAAAGAUUGAUAUUAGAAGAAAUAAAAAUUGGAUGAUGCCAGGUGAGAUUGACAAGGACGUGCGAAGAAGGGUGAGGCACUGUGAUUAUCGUGCGAGUUGCCCGAUAAAGGAUCAUUUGAUAACGAGAUUAAAAAACAACGAUGAAUUGAUAAGAGGACGAUCAAGGAGGUAUCGUCCUACUUUGAUAAUAAUCAAUAGAUCUUACGAAAGAUCUAAUGAUCUAAAGAUUUAUCGUCGUAACUACGACGACGACGACGACGACGACGACGAUGAAGACGACGAUGAAGAAGACGACGACGACGAUGACGACGAUGACGACGACGACGACGAAGUACAAGGUCAUCGUUGUUAUAGAAUUAACGAUGAAAAUCGUCGUACGUGCUCUUGUUAUCGCCAUAACCAUCACCAUCGUCAUCAUCAUCAUCAUUAUCAUCGUCAUCAUCAUCGACGUUAUUAUUACAAAUGGCGACGAUCGAGUCUGGAUAUUGUCAAGGACAAUAAUGGGAUUUUAAUAAACGACGACGAUGUUUCUGUUGAUAUCUUUGGACCAUGUAGUACCACGACUAGUACCACCAUUACUAGUACUACUACUACUACUAGUAGCAGUGCUACUACUACCAAUACUACAACUAUCGUUACUAGUACUAUUACUACUAUCACUACUACUACAACUACCACUACCACUACUACUACUACCGUUGCUGCUGCUGCUGCUGCUGCUGGUUCUGUUACCGCUGUUACUGCUGCUGCUGCUACCAUCGCUACUACUAUUAUUACUACUAUUACUACUACUACUACUACUACUACUACUACUACUACUACUACUACUACUACUAGUAUUCCUACGUUAUGGAACACAGCAACGACGACGACGAACACGACGACAACCAAUAGAUUUUCCAACGGAAGAAGCUUGUCCUGUUGUUUAGAGACUGCCAAUAGUAGUACCACUACUACUCAUCAUCGUCAUCAUCAUUAUCAUUAUCAUCAUCAUCAUCGUCAUCAUCUUCGUCAUCAUCAUUAUUAUUAUCAUCGUUAUUAUCAUCGUUAUUAUCAUCGACACCAUCACCAUCGUCAUCGUCAUCAUCAUCCUUGUCAUCGUCAUCAUCAUCAUCAUCACAAUCGUCGACGUUUACGAUCUACUAUCGGCGUUUCCUCGUUAUGGAAAUUAUCCGAACUCACUCUUACUAUCUAUCCACGUACGAAUUCGUUUUAUUAUUAUUAUUAUUACUAUUAUUACUAUUAUUAUUAUUAUUAUUAUUAUUAUUAUUAUUAUUAUUAUUAUUAUUAUCGUUUCGUACAGGAGGAACGAAAACUUUAUUCCUGCAAAAACUUUUCUAACAACGAUCGGACACUCAGUUACUAUUACUAUUACUACUAUUACUACUACUAUUACUACUUAUCCAUAUAUCCUUCAAUCUCAUCUUACUAUUAUUGCUGCUACUAUUGCUAUUACUAUUAUUCUUCCUUCUUUCGUUCCUCAUCAUCAUUUUUAUUCUUGCUACCCGUUAGCAACAAGAGGAGCCAUCAUAUUAUUCGACAUCCUCGACAUCGUAGACGAAGAAGAAGGAAAAUAUUGUUUAUUUCUAGUCAUCCCUCGCGUUUAUCGUUUAAUAAUCAAGAUGAUAAGGAGGUUAUUAUCGAAGAAGUCGAUCGAUCGAGUCCUUCAAACGUUAAUUCUUCUUCGUCCUCUGUUUCAUCAUCAAAGUCAUCAAAGUCGUCGUCGUCGUCGUCGUCGUCGUCAUCGUCGUCGCCGUUCGACGAAAACAAAUGUGAACCCUCUAAAAACUGGCCAAAAAAAUCAUCGUCAUCGUCAUCAUCAUCAUCAUCAUCAUCAUCAUCAUCAUCAUCACCGUCGACAAAUACUUCUUCAACAACCACUUCUUCAACAACCUCCUCCUCCUCCUCCUCCUCCUCUUCUUCUUCUUCUUCCUCCUCCUCUUCUUCUUCUUCUUCUUCAUUCUUCGCCGAGACCAAAUACGCAUUGAAAAAAAAGUGUCGUUUCUACUUUCAGCUAGCCUUCCUAUUGUUUCUACUUGCGUUCGGCCAUAGUGGACUAUUGAAGUCAAGUGUGCUUAAGUUUAGUGCGAGAUCGUUUAAAUCGUCAACGCCAACAACGUCAACGCCGUCGUCGUCGUCGUCGUCGUCGUCGUCGUCGUCGUCAACGUCGUCGUCGUCGUCGUCGUCGUCGUCGUCGUCGUCGUCGUCGUCGUCGUCGUCGUCGUCGUCGUCGUCGUCAACGUCGUCGUCGUCGUCGUCAAAAACGUCGUCGUCGUCGUCGUCGUCGUCGUCGUCGUCGUCGUCGUCGUCGUCGUCGUCGUCGUCAACGUCGUCAACGUCAACGUCAACGUCAACGUCGUCAUCGUUAUUAUCAUUGUCACUAUCAUCGUCAUCGUUCUUCUCUUCGUCAUCGUCAACGUCAUCGUCGUCGUCGUCGUCGUCGUCGUCAUCGUCGUCGUCGUCGUCGUCGUCGUCACCGUCAUCCUCGUCACUGUUAUACCCGUCGUCGAUAUUAUUAUCCUGCGGUAUAAAUCAAAUAGCAACGUUAUUUGCGAUCGGUAGUAUCGUCGGUAGUGUUGUCGUCGUUAGUGCCGCACCGAUCGAUUUGAUUAACGACGCCGGUGUUAGAGCUGAGAGAUCGGCGAAUCUCUCGCACAUUACUGGAGCAUCGAGGAAGAUACAGAUGUACAUUAAGAAUCGGCAUCUACAGAUCCUGCCUGACGGCACGGUUAACGGCUCCAAUGACGACACUUCCGAUUACACUAUUUUUCAAAGGACUUCGGUGUCGAGAGGUCAACUGAGGAUCCAGGGUGUUGCGACUUGCCUUUACCUCUGCAUGGAUUCCUGCGGUCUGCUUUAUGGCUCGAGAGAGUAUACGGAGGACUGCGUGUUCAACGAGACGUUGGAACAGCACAACUACAACACGUACAGCUCGGUGAGAUGGUCGACCGGAAAAAAGACACUUUACCUCGGAUUAAAUCGUCGUGGACAACCUAGGAGGGUACAAGCUAAGGGUCAUACACUUGGAAGAUUGUCGGCAUACGCGAGGGUGUUAACGCAAGUGGCACCUCCCGAUCGAGUCGAGGCCCUGCAAAGGAGAAUGUUAGGCGCCGAACACAAUGUACGUCAUCGGCACGGUAGCCAUUCUCAUCGGCAGCAACAUCGACAUCACCAGGAACAACAGCAACAACAACAACAACAACAGCAGCAGCAGCAACAACACCAUCAGGGUGAGCUCAGUCAACAACAACAACAACAGCAACAACAGCAGCAACAGCAUCAGCAGUAUCAUCAACAUCAGCAGAAUCAGCAACACCAACAGAAUCAGCAACAGCAGCAACAACAGCAACAACAACAGCAACAACAGUUGCAAACGAUUUGUCCCAAUCUCCCGGCCCAAGAGAAGGACGGUAGAGAUAGGUUUAGAUGUCGCAAACGCAAAAAACGAAAGAAGAGAAAACGUCGGUGCAGACCCGGGGAGAAAGUCGGUCCGCAAUGUCAAAUGCCGGAAGAAAGGGACGGAUCGUCCGUCUCCGGAAUGACAUUGAGCGCGGAGACUUCCUCUCCUGAAUCUAAGAGAUCGUGCGAGGGUGCUGCCAGCGAGGAAGCAUGUAGGAGAGAGGCAUUAUCCUCGACAUCGAGAAAGAGAAAAUCGCGGAUAGGAGAUGGUACCUUGUUGGAGUUGCAUACGGAAGAUACGUCUACGAGGAGUACGAUGACUAGCAGCAUCAUCACCGAGGCGACCUUGACGACUGAGGAGGAUGUGCCAUUGGAUGUACCAGCGGCAGUUUCUAGCAACAGCAACGUCAACAACAGCAACACCAUCGCCACCGCCACCGCCACCACCACCAACAACAACAACAACAACAGCAACAACAACAACAACAACAACAACGCCACCCACGAGGAGAAGGACGAGGGGGAGGACGAGGACGAGGAUGAGGAUGAGGAGGAGGUGGAGCUCCUAACCACGACUAGGAGCAUCGGUAAGAACCUUGAAAAAGCAACGUCAAAAAAGACAAACGUCGCCGGCACCAUUAGUCAAAGUAAAAAGCCUGAUUUGCUGGACGGUAAGAAGAGGAAGAUGAAGAAGAGGAAGAAAAAAAGGAAGAAGGGGAAGAGGGGUCCCGCUUGGCCGAGAAGGAGGAGCCCGUUAGCCAGGAAGAAGUCCGAGAGCGUGAAGCGGACGGACGAGGAGGAGGCAGGGGCUGCGGCGGAGGAUGCGGAGGAGGAUGCGGGGGAAGGGGAUGCGGAAGGGGAGGAGGGAGGAGGGGAGGAGGAGGAGAUAGGAGAGGAGGAAGAGGAGACGGAGGAGGAGGCGAUGGAGGAGAAGAGGAAGAAGAAGAAAAAGAAGAAGAAGUUUGCGAAGGAGGAGAGAAGGGGAGAGGUUGCGGUGGGGGUGGAGGAAAGGAGGGAUUUGAAGAAAAAGAGGAGGAAGGAGGAAAGGGAAAGGGUGGAACGAGUGGAGGAGAUAGAAGAGGAGGAAGAGAAGAAAAAGAAGAAGAAGAAGAAGGAGGAGGUGGUGAAAAGGGAGGAGGAAAUGAAGGAUAUAGUCAGCAGGAUCAGCGAACCAGUCGGGGAAAUACCCUUGAUAUCAACGACGAUCUCCUCGCUCUCCUUAUCCUCUUAUUCCUCAGCCUUGUCCUCGAACCGUUCCUCUUACUUCGACGUUGGUUCACGUGGCUCGUCCCAAAAACGAAAGAAGACACCGAAGAGCACGAACUCUCGAACGACAACGGCGUCGGCGUCGGCGUCGAUGUCGGCGUCGGCGUUGACGUUGCCGAGGAGGAGGAACGCGGCGUCCUCCUCCUCUUCUUCUCAGAAACAAUUGCGUCAUGGCGUACGACGAAACGCCGGCGGUACAUUAUUGUCCUCCUCGUCGGCGAGGAAUCCAAGAAAGUUAAAGGGAUUUAUUGCCUCGUCAGAUUCGCGUCGAUCUACGGCGAUCCUUAAUCCGAAGGAGAGGUCGGAGGAUACCGAUCGAGAUUCGUCCAAGGACGUCGUCUUCGACUCGUUAACAACGUCGUCGUCGUCGUCGUUGUCGUCGUCGUCGCCGCCGCCGCCAUCAUCGUCAUCGUCAUCGUCAUCGUCAUUGUCGUCGUCGUCGUCGUCCUUGUCGACGAUGACGACGACGACGAUGACGACGACCACGAGGACGAGGACGACUGCUAUGACGACAACGACGACGGCGAUGAUGACCAAGACGAUGACGACGGCAACCGCUACGGCGACCGCCAUGACGACUACUAUGAUGACUAAGACGAUGACCAAAACGAUAACCACUAAGACGAUAGUUCCUGAUACAAGUCGUCCUGAAGCUUCGAGUUUUCCUCCCUUCCUUAAGAGGAACUCUUCCUCCUCGUCUAAUACGUCUACCUCCAACUCCCCCACCUCCACUUCCUCCACCACCUCCAACUCCUCCGCCCCCUCCAUCUCCUCCUCCUCUUCUUCAUCCUCCACCUGUGUCGACUCGAGCGAGACGAGCAACUCGUCGCCUCUCGCUACCUUUUUGGAGUCCACCAGCACGAUAAAGAAGAAGACGACGACGAAGAAGAAGAUGAACGAAGAGGUGGAGAGGAAGGAGAAGGAAGUGAAGGACGACGAUGAUGGCGAAGACGAAGAAUCAUCAUCGAGCGAGAGAAGCACGAUAAAGACCGAGCGUUUACUCGGCAUCGAGAGACUGGCCAUGUAAUGAAAACGAAAUAAUAAUAAAACAAAAUGAAAUAAAAUAAGAAAGAAAAGAGAAAAGAAAAGAAAAGAAAAAAAGGAAAAAAAUGAAAAAGUAAACAAAAAAAAGUAAACAAAAAAAUAAAAGGACGAAAAAUGAAACAAACAAACAAACAGAAAAUACAAACGUGCGAAAGAAAUGAAAGAAAAGAAAGAGAUAGCGCGAAGGAGAGAGAAAAAGAGAGAGACAGAGAGAGAGAGAGAGAGAAAGAGAAAAAAAGUAAAAAAAGAGGGAGAAUAAAAAAAACGAAAGAAAAAAGAAAUGACGUAAAUAUGCGCUUCCGUGGUCUUUCACAUUCGUAAGGGCUCUCGAACGAGACGCAAUGUGUGCAUGUACAUAGUAGGAUCCGCAUAUCUUUUUUCGACUUACUUCCGGUUUUGAACUUUGAACUUUGUUACAUGAUCCCAUUAACGUUCGAAGGCAAGGGAGACGUUGCUCUUUCUCUCUCUCUCUCUUUCUUUCUUUCUCACUCUUACUCUUACUCUUACUCUUACUCUAUCUAUUCCUAUCUCUAUAUGUCUCUCUCUCUCUCUCUCUCUCUUUUUAUCUCAAAACUAUCCUCAAAUCCUCUUCCUCUUUUUUUCUUUCUCUCUCUUUCUCUUGCUCUCUGUCUAUCUAUCUGUCUCUGUCUCUAUCCUACACUUACAUUUUGUCGUCGAAACGUAACACCUAUUUCCAUGUAAAAGCGGCACGCCAUUUACCAAGAUAACAGGAAAAUAUACACGUUUCACUGUAAACAGCGCCAUUCGAUAGAUACCACAGCGAAUUUAAAUGCAUGAUCAAAGCUGGAAUAUUAUCUUCCUAGAGUUUAUAUCGUAUACGCGCGCUAUGCGUCUCUGUAUAUAUGUGUGUGUGUUUCUAUGUGGAUAUGUGUGUGUGCGCGCGUGCGCAUGCGUAUGUGUGUGUACGUACGUACGUAUGUACGUACUUUGAAUAAAAGCAUAUUUAAGAAUCAUUAACGAAUCAUUAAACGCCGCCAUUAGAUAUUGCGUUAUUUUUGUGAUUCAUAAAUUUAACGCCUACUCGCUAAACACAGUUGAGUUGAUUUGAGUCUCGAUCGAUAUUCACUUAAGCGCCAUAUAUUCUUUCGAAUGAAAAUUCGAUGGAGAUUCAUUUACAAUGGCUUUUCGUUUGGCACGCACAGCACACACGGACACAAUUCAUCCUCAUACAUCCACCCAUACAUACACACGCACAUAUAUAUAAACCCCAAAACGUCUCUUUUCGUUCACUGUCGAAAAAAGAAAGGGGCAACCUCUUUUUUUUUCUUUUUUUUUCUUUUUCUUUUUCAUCACCGUCAGCUUUUUUCAUCGUCUCCUUUUUCUUCUUCUUCUUCUCCUUUUUUUCUUUUUUAUUCUUCUUCUCACUUUUUUUUCAAUGUUCGUAUUUAACGAAGAAACUCGUCCUAUUUAGAGCAAUAAGUAUAAUUAAUCGAUAAGGUUAUUUAGCAUAUUAAUUUUGCGAAAGGUAUCAAUGAUAAAAAUACGAGAGAGAGAGAGAGAGAAAGAGAAUAAAAUAUCAAAUGAACAAAAAAGGUAUGAAAGAGAGAACGAUAGUAAUACUGUUCGUCGUAUGUCUCUAUCUCCGAAACUCUCCUCGUACGUUGAAAAGAAAAAGGAAAAGAAAAAGAAAUAAAAAAAAAUCAAAGAAAGAAAAAUUAAUGUAUGUAUGUAUGUAUGUACGUAUGCAUGUAUGUAUGUGUGUAUGUAUGUAAGGCAUCCGCCAUGUUUCCAUAAAAUAUAAUAAAUAUAUGUACAUAAUUCUCAAAUACGUGAAAAGAAAACUCGUCGUGUGUUCUUUAUCGUGAAUAAAAUUGUCCUCGAUAAAAUUAAUAUAAAAAUAAAUUGAUAAUUAAAUCAAAAUAUAGAUGAACGAAAUAAUAAUAUUUCGAUGAUAUCGAGACGGACAUGUUUGUAUCGGCCAUAUUGGAAACGAUCGUCUCUAUGUAUAUCUAUUUUCGAAAUACGUAUGAAGAACGCUCGUCGUGUGUUCUCCAUAAAAGUAAAAAAAAAAUUAAUAUUGUCCUCGACAGAAUUAAUAUAAAAAUUAAUGAUUAAAUAUAAAAUAUAUGAAAGAAGAUAUAAUACUUCGAUGAUAUUAUCAAUCGGCCAUAUUUGAGAUCGGCCAUCAUUCUUCUCGUUUUUCUUUCUUUCAUGAAUGAUUAUGUAUCUUGAUGAAUUAGUAUAAUAUUAAUCAAAAUGGCGAACGAGAAUAUCGUUAAAACACUUGGAAAAUAUUUCUAAGAGAUGAACGAAAAUAAAUAGAAAUAUAAGAGAAAAAAAGAGAGAAAGUGAGAAGAGAGAGAGAGAGAGAGAGAGAGAGAGAGAGAGAGAGAGAGAGAGAGAGAGAGAGAGUGAAAGAAUGAAAAAAAGAACAAGGAGAGGGAGUGAAAGAAUGAUCGUCGUUUGGAUAUAUCUUGCGGAUAUCCUCGAUGUAUUUUUCGAAGACUAUAAAUUUGUCUAAGACAUUUGUUAAAUGAGUACCCCUUUUGAAAGGAACAGUUAAUCGGAAUUUCUCAAAUGCUACUACCAUGGUGGUAGCCGUUUAGAGCUAGACGUCGAAAUAAAAAUAGAGAAAAAAAAGAGAAAAACAAGAAAGAGAGAGAAAGAAAGACAGAGAUAUAUAUAAAAGAUGUGUGUAUAUAUAUAUAUAUAUAUAUAUAUAUAUAUAUAUAUAUAUAUAAAGAGAGAAAAAGAGAAAAACAGGAAAAAUAGAGAGAUGAAGAAAACGUUUUACAUCGUACAUAAGUACGUAUGAGAAAUACGAUUGAUCGAUCGAUCCCUCUUGGAUGUAUUUCGAUCGAUUUCUAGAUAUCUUUUUCUCAAAGAGAUGAUCUUUAAAAAACGUUUCUCUCAAUUUCAUUGCAAAUAUAUAUAUAUAUAUAUGAAUAAAUAAAUAAAUAAAUAAUAAUUAUGAUUAUAAUGAUAAUAAUAAUGAUAAUAAUAAUAAUAAUAUUAAUAAUAAUAUUAAUAAUAAUAUUAAUAAUAAACAAACAAAAUCUUGUAAAAGCGAAUUGUUAAUCUAAUAGGAUAUUUAUUUUAAAAACUAUUAUUUAUUGUAAACAAUUGCAAACACGACACAUGAAUACUAUUGUAACGAUCCAUCGAUCAUACUCUUUACUUACAUUCAUCAUUCUUUGAUCUGAUGAUGUUUUAACGUCUACUUAAAUCGUUCACGUCAAAGUGGAUCGCAGUGUUACAAUGUUGACACUAAUCAAAUGAGAAUACGUUGCUUCUGCUUGAAAGAAAGGAAAGAAGACAAAAAAGAAACAAACAAACAAAAACGUAAACGAAACAAGUAUAUAUAUAUAUAUAUAUAUAUAUAUAUAUAUAUAUAUAUAUAUAUAUAUUUCUCGCCCAAGCACGUUGUGUCUGUCAUGGUUCCUUCCAAUUAGUAUUACAUAAUCGCUUAAUUAUUUAAUUAAUUAAUUAAUUAAUUAAUUAUAUUACUAAUAAUAAAUAAUAUCCAUUAAUAAACAAUAUCAAUAAUAAUAGCAAUAAUAAUUAUAACAACGAUGAUGAUAAUAAUAACUAUAAUAAUAAUUAUAAUAUUAAUAAUUAUAAUAAUAAGAAUGAUGAUAAUAAUAAUAAUAAUAAUCGAAAAUCAAUGACCGAAUAUGUAAUUUUUCUUAGAUGACAUAUCGAAAUCAUUUUAAUCAUUAAUAAUAACAAUAAUAAUAUUAAUAAUAUAAAUAUAAAUGAUGAUAAUAAUAAUGAUAAUAAUAAUAUUAAUAAUAGUAGUAAUAAUAAUAAUAAUGAUAAUAAUGAUAUUAAUAAUAAUAAUGAUGAUGAUAAUUAUGAUGAUUAUGAUGAUGAUGAUGAUGAUGAUAAUGAUCAUUUUGAAAAAUUUAUAUCCAAUCAUGAAAUUUUUCUUAAAUGUCAUUAAAAUCAAAGGACUUCUUUUUUUUAUACAUAUUAUAUAAAUAUAUAUAUAAAUAUAUAUAUAUAUAUGUAUGUAUGUAUAUGUAUAUAUAUCUUAUCGUGCUUUUGAUUGGCUGGUAGCAAAAGGAAUGAGUAGGAUUAAUUACAUUGACUACGCCUCUCUCUUUCUAUUUCUCUUUCUAUCUAUGUUUCUCUCUCUCUCUCUUUCGUUCAUUACGCUUUCUGAUAAGCGUAUCUCUCUCACUGUCUCUCUCUUUCUCUCUAUCUCUUUCUCUCUUUCGCUUCCGGCAUCUUCGGUGAAAAUUGGGUCACUUUAGCACAAAUUAAACAACGUUAUCCGUUUUAAUGCGUGUGUGUGAAUAUGUAUCUUGUAUGUUCGUAUGUGUAUGUGUGUGUGUGCGUCGAGAAUAAGUUAAUUAAACUACAACGAAUUCCAAAUGAUUCGAAUAAAUGAGAGAGAAAGAAACAAAGACAAAGACAAAGAAAAAAAUUUUUAAAGAAAGAAAGAAAGAAAGAAAGAAAAGAGAGAGAGGGAGAUAAAAUGAAAAGAGAAAAAAUGUCGAUCAGUAUUACUGAUAUUCCUCCAUUUUGAAAAAGGAAAACAUACGAUAUACAUAAUUCUUUUAUUUACCAUCAAUCAAGCAAUUGUCAUCGAAAUAUAUUAAAAUUGUUUUAAUUAAAAAAAAUGAAAAGGAAUACAUAUGAAUAUAUAUAUAUAUAUAUAUAUAUAUAUAUAUAUAUUGCAUGUACGUACGUAUGUAUAUCGAGAAAAUGAAAAGAUUAAUCUCAUUAGAAUCGACAAAAAAAAAUCAGCAUUUAGUAAUGUCUUCGAUGUCUAGUAUCUUUUUUCUAGGUUAGAUUAACCUAACGAAUACGUGUUUCACACUGCCACUUGUAUAAUAAUAAUAAUAAUAACAUUUGCUGUAUUUUAUUUUUCAUAGACUGAAAUCUCUACGUAAACUAUAUUAGACAAGUAUGUGUGUGCCUGUGUAUAUAUAUGUAUAUAUACAUACAUAUAUACAAACACACACAUAUAUUAAAGAAAGAAAGAAAGGAGGAAGAGAAAUUGUCUGGAAUGAUGACAAUAAUUAAUCGAGUAUCCAUCAUUUUAGAAAAAAGAAGAAAAUAUAUAUAUAUAUUUUUCUUUUUUUAAGAGAAAAGAAAGAAGAAGGAAGAAAUAUUGUCAAGUACGAUGACAAUAAUUAACCGAGUGAGUCGCCAUUUUGAAAUAAAAAAUGAACACAACAGAAUGAAUUUUUAUAUUUUCGCUUAAAAAUAAUUGCAAACAAGAUUAUUUAUAUUAUUAUUAUUACUAUUCAUAUCUUCCUUUUUCAACUCGAAAGAAAAUGCAGUUGUUUUCAAUGCUACUAUAUUUUCUUUUAUAUAUAUAAAAAAAAAAUAUAUAUAUAUAUCACACACAAAUUCCUUCUUCUUCUUUUCUUCGUCGACCGGUAAAAUAAUACGCUUUCCUCUUUUUACGCUUAAAAUCGAAGGAUCGAAGGGAGGAAAGAAGAAGGAAAAUAGAAAAGAAAGGAAGAAAAAGAGAGAUAGAUAAACAGAUAGAUAGAUAGAGACACAGAGAAAGAGAGAAAUAGAGAGAGAGAUACGAUAUUAUUAAUUACAUAUGUAAGUAUGUAUAUCGAGAAAUAAUAUGCGAAAAAGAAACAAAACGAAAAAAAAGAUAAUAAUAAUAAUAAUAAUAAUAAUAAUAAUAAACAAGAAAAAAAAUAAAAGUGAAUGGGUAGAGUUACCUCGCACACAGCAUCCAUCAUCAUUUAAAUUUGGCCUCUCUCGCUCGAAUUCGAUGAUAUUAUUAUAGAAAAGUAAAAUAAAAAAGAGAUUAAACGAUUGAAAGUUUUUAAGAGAUUAGAAAUUCCAAAGAAAAAGAAAAGAUAAGAAAAAGAAAAAAAGAAAUAGAGAAAAUUAAAGAUUGAAAUAAAAAUGUCGCCCCGCUCCUACCACCACCACCACUAUCACCACCACCACCACCACCACCAUCACCACUACCACCAUAUCGAAGUCAUAUAAUUUUUAGAAGUAAUAAACGAGAUAUAUUAUCGAUUACGAUUAAA